AUGAACAGCCACGAGAACAAGUUUGUCUUUUCCUUGGUUCUCCCCGCCAAGUUUGGCGUGCGGAUGGACAACACCAUCGCGGCUCUUCUCAUGGCAGUAAUGGACCUGAUGCCGGUGAUGACGAUGGUAAUUUGGCUGGUGAUCGACGUCGUGGAGACCGCGAUCGUGAAGCAGGAGGCCUCCCUGGAGGCGCAAGUCCUGGCGCUCGUCGUGCACCUGAUCUUUGGGCGUCUGGCAAUGGUGAUCCGUGGGCUGGCGGUCCUGUUCGCAAAGCCCUCCGUCUGCGUAGGCCUCAACGUGGCGUACGUGGUGGUCCAAUGGCUCUUGAUUGUCCUCGAGGUGGGCUUCCGGAUGCUACUGAGCUUCCAGAUGGUCGUGCGUUUCCAGACGGUCGUGAGCUCGUUGGUGGGUUUCCUGAUGGUACUGUCUACGGGCUUCCUGAUUGUCGUGAGUGUACAGAUGGUCGUGAGCUCCCCGAUGGUCGUGAUGUUUGUCGGUUUCUCGCUGGUCGUGAGUUUCAAAUUGAUGUGGCUCUGGAUGGUCGUGAGUUUCGAGAUGGUUGGGAGCUUCCACAUGGUCGUGAGCUCGCUGGUGCGCUUCCAUAUGGACUUGGCUGUGUCAUUCCAGAUGGUCGUGAGCUUCGACAUAGUUGUGAGCUUCCAGAAGAUAGAGUUGUUUGUCGGCUUCCAGACGGUCGUGGGGCCCUUGAGGCGGCUGCUGCGGCGAAUCUCCUGGCACAGGACCGACUGCUUCGCCUCUCUGGGCGUUCCAGAUGGGGUCGGAGUGGAUCCAGAGGAUGAGCAGGCUCGGCGCCGGCGCCGGCACGUCGACGCCCUCGGCAUCCUGGAUCGGUUCUCUGGCAGCCCCGGGCACGUGCUCGAGCCUGGCCCCCACCCGCACGAUCCGCACGCCGACGACUUCGUGCCGAGGCCCAGCGAGGGCGCCGGUCUGUGGGACUUUGGGCGUGCCCACGCGGCCGUCCAGCACGCGCUGGGCGCCUGCCGGGCCGGGAACGCCACCGCCACCGCGGAGGCCUUCGAGGACUUCUCCGCGGCCCACGGCCUGGGGUUCGGCCUGGGCGCCGCCAGCGGGCAGGCCGUGGACGGCGCGGUGCGCGCGGCGGCCGCGGCGGCGGCCCCGCGCGAAGGCCUGGCGGGCGCCCCUGCUCCGCCCACGCGCGGGCUGCGCGCGCUGGUGCUCCGCGCGGGCCUCGGCGGCGGCAGCCUGCGCUGCGCCGCGUCGCUGCUGGCGCUGGGCGCGGAUGCGGGCACCCACGAGCUAGUCAGCGUCGAGAUGGACCCACAUCUCUCCAGCGGGGCUGCCCAGCUCGUGCAGCACGCCAUUGGCAGCGCCCGGCCCGCUGCCCUGCACCACACGGCGCUGCUGCCGGGAGACGACACCGCCCUGGCGGAGACGUUGGAGUCGUUGGCCGAUGGGUACGACCUCGACAGCUUCGACGUCGUCCUGCUGGCGAGGGGCGACCGGGCCCUGCAGCGGGAGCAGCUGGCCACCCUCCUGCGGGCGGGCGCCGUGCGGCACGGGACUGUGGUCCACGCGGAGGGCCCUGGGAGCGACGACCCUGGGACGAAGGAUUACAUGGAGGACCUGCACUGGGCCCGAGGGCGCGGCGGGAAGAUGGGCUCCUUCAGCACCCAGAGCCACGGCCUCGACGGCGGCCGUCUGGCCACCGUGUCGGUCUUCAGCAGCAGCCGGGAGGAGAAGAUGAUCAGCAAACCGUCCUACGCCGCGCAGGUGCAGCACAGGCCAGCGCCUGCCGAGCUAUCGCUCAAGAGCCUGGCGCCCAAGCUCGACCUCCCAAUUGACAUGUUGGGCGAGCUUCUGCAGUCUGCAGGGGCCGACAGCACGGUGGCCAAAUCCAUCAUUUACCCUGCAGCUCUUCGAAAGACCAAGGCGAAGGUCGAGCAGGCGCAGCCCGCCCCCCAGCCCCCACCUAGGAGCUUGGCGGGGCACAUGGUGGCCACGAUUCUCUCCAGGCGCCUGCGGCCGCUAAUGAAUAUGGCGGAGGAUUUCGCGGCGACGGACUUCCUGCGGCGCCGUGCGGAGUGGCGUCACCGGCACGGGGACGAGAGCUGGGAGGGCGAGCCGAGUAGCAUGGGUGCGAUGAUUCAUGAUAGGGCGUUCCAGAUGGACUCGCCUCCGGCGCAGCUUGCCUCGGCAGAAGCGGGCGGGGGACCAGUGGGAGCUGGCGGGUUUGAGAUGGCGGUGGGCCUGCCGGCAAAAGGGAGCACGCGGCGGGGCCCCGCGUGCGAGGUGCGCCCCGGCCGCCACCCCCACGUGGCGCUCGCCGGAGGCGGCGCCGGCGCCCCCGCGCGCCCGGUGCGCGCGGGGGCGGGGCACGGCGGCCCGACGGCGCUCGCCAGCCGGAGCGCGAGGUCCCCAGCGCGCGGCGCGGAGGCGAAGAUGAAGGAGCACGCGCGCGAGAAGGACGAGCACAAGGCGCAGCAGCUCAAGCAGGCCGCCGACCUCUUCCGGAGCGCCCAGGCGCAGUUUCGGAGGGCGCAAACCGCCGGCGCCGCCGAGGAGUACGCGGCGUGCGUGCGUGCGCUGUCCGAGGCCAUCGCCCUGCGGUCCAACCACGCGCCCUACUACCAGACGCGCGGCAGGUGCUACGUCGAGAUGCAGCAGUACCAGUUGGGGCUUAUGGACUUUUCCAUGUGUGUGCGCCUGGAGCCAGAGACCGCAAGGCACUACGGCUACAGGGGCUUCUGCUACUGGCGGCUCGGCCGGGACGACGAGGCCCUGAGGGACUACGACGCGGCCAUACGCCUCGAGGCGAAGGGCGAGAAGGCGAGCGCAGCUGCGCCGCCGGCGGAGAAGGACAAGGACGCGAAGGAGAAGCCGCAGGCCGAAGCGCAGCCCCGCAUGGCCGCGCAGUACUACUUCGAGCGCGCCAUGGUUUACACCGACAGGGAGCAGUACGAUAAGGCCGUGGAGGGCUUCCAGCAGGCCGCUGAAAAGAGGUUACCGACGCCGUACAAGGCUUAUCUGCAUCGAGGGAUCUGCUUGAGAAAGAUGGAUAAGUUGCAGGAAUCGAUCAUGAGCCUGCAGCAGGCGAUCCACUUGGAGCCUUCGAGUGGUGAUGCUCACAAUCAUCUAGGUCUUUCCCACAUCGAGCUCGGCGCGUUCGAUGAGGCAAAGAAGUGUUUCGCGAGCGCCAUCGAGAAUGAUCCUUGUGCAAGUUUCUUGGACAACCGCGGGCUCGCAAACUAUCACCUCGAGCGGUACGAGGAGGCGGUCGAGGACUUCUCCGCAGCGGUGGAGGCCGACCCGAACGACUCCUCCUUCCGCUUCAACCGCGGCAACGCGAGGUUCAAGCUCGGGCAGCACGAGGAGGCCCUGGUCGACUACGGCGAGGCCAUCCGCUUAGAGCCAGACAACCCCACCUACCUGCACCAUAGCGGCCUCGCGUACGAGGGCUGCGGGAGCAUCCGCGACGCCAUCCUCAAGUACGAAGAGGCCCUGGAGCGAGACAGCGACCACCACCCGUCCCGCUUCCAUCUCGGCACGAUGUGCCACGCCGACGGGCAGUACGAGCGGGCCCUCAAGGCCUUCAACCAGUCGCCGCCGGACGAGGCGCUGUACGAGGCCAGAGGGCUCGUGCACAGGGACAUGGGCGACUUCCAGCGCGCCCUGGACGACUUCGACAGGGUCGUCGAGCUGAAGCCAGAGGAGGGGAGGCACUACUACAACCGCGGCGUCGUGUACCAUCGCAUGGGCCAGGAGCAGGAUGCCAUCGAGAAUCUGACGAAGGCAGUCAACCUGGGCUGCGCGGACGCGGCCGUGUUCAGCGAGCGGGGCCUCGCCUGGCGGGCGCUCGGCAACAUGGCGCAGGCGGUCAUUGAUUUGACGUCUGCCAUCGAGGCCGACGGCAUGCAGACGAUCUACCUCUCGAACCGUGCGCAGUGCCUAUUCGAGCAGGGGCUGCACGACCGCGCCGAGGCCGACCUGACGAGGGCGCUGUGCCUGGACGAGCGGGACCCGGGCCUGCUGUACAAGCGCGGCAUCGCCCGCUACGCGCAGCAUCGCUACGCGGAUUCCAUCGCCGACCUCAAGGCGGCGGUGCAGCGCGACCCUCCGACCGAGCACAUGGCGGACAUAUACUACCAUCUGGGAGUGUCAUACGCCAACCUGGGCAAGCACCAGCUAGCGGUGCCUGCUUAUGAUUCCGCCAUCGAGCGGGAGCCGGACAAGCCCCAUUUCGUCCACGAGCGCGCCAAGAGCCUGCAGGCGGUGGGCGACCACGAGAAG